AUUUAUUAGCAAAACUCAGAGGGGUCAGGACAAGUGUCAACAAGAUAGGGGGAGAAGAAUCAAUAGAGAACAGAAAGAAAAAGAGAUUUCGAACCAAACCAAUUAACAAAGUGAAAAGUAAUUGUUGUGUUCUCAUCCACUCGCUCACUGCAAUCAAGCAGAGUGUUGAGAGUUCUAUGGCUGCAACAGUUUCACUCUCUUUUUCCUUAGAUCCACAGCACCACCAUCUCUUUUCCAACACAACCCACUUCAAGCCUCACCAAACUCCCCUUCCUCCCUUCUCUCCCCUGACGUCAACUCUUUUCCCCAAAUACCCACUUGCUAUUUUCCAUAAAUCACACCCUUCCGCUUUCAAAUCUUCUUCCUCUCCAUCUCAUUCUUCAACAACAACAACAACAACAACUGCUUCUGAUACAACUGCUACUGAUACAGCUACAACUACAAGCACAACCACAACAUCUUCGUCAUUUCUUGAAUACCCACUUAGAACAGGUCGAUUUCUGAGCAGUGAAGAGCUCGAGCAACUCAAAUUGCUUGAGAAUUUCAGGUAUUAUCAGGAAUUGGAAUCUGGGUCGAUGUGGGUUCGGGUGAUGAGGCCGGAGGAAAUGGACAUCACUGUUGGGUUGCUGUCUGAGUCGUUUGCAGAGUCGAUGCUUUUGCCUUCUGGAUAUGUCUCUGUGUUGGGCUACUUGGUCAAGCAAUACUUGUUUGAGCGGAUGGAACUAUCGCCACACACUGCCACGCUUAUUGGGUUUUACAGAAGACGUAAAGAAGAGGGUGAAGAACAACAAGAAAAAAACACAGAAGAUGAAGAAGAAGUGGAUGAAGUUGAAUUUUUGGCUGGGACUGUGGAAGUUUGCUUUGACAAAAAGGGUGCCAACGCUUCUCCUCCUACACCCACUCCUCCCAAGAACUCGCCUUAUAUAAGCAACAUGGCGGUGAAGAAGUCGCUUAGGAGGAGGGGCAUCGGCUGGCAUCUUUUGAAGGCAAGCGAGGAACUUAUAUCUCAGAUGAGUUCCUCAAGAGAGGCGUAUUUGCAUUGCAGAAUGAUUGAUACAGCUCCAUUCAACAUGUACAAAAAAGCAGGUUACGACAUUGUAAAGACGGAUAACAUUUUGGUUAUGUUGCUGUUGCAGAGGCGCAAGCACUUAAUGUGCAAGAAACUUCCAGUCUUAACCAGCUUUUCAGAAUCAGAUACAUUCUGUUCUGAAGAGGAAUUAACAUCAUGAAUGUAUAUGUGAAAAUCAAAAUACGUGUUUAUGAGGAUAGAUGAUUAGAGAGACCUUUGAGGUUGUGAAGAUUAUCCAGCUGGGUUGAAAUUUGCCUAGAAUGCUUGAUCCUAUGUGCCAGCAACUGUUGCCUGCAUUUUGUUAUGUGUAUGGUAGAGACUUGCUUUGUUGCAGGUAAACUUAUCAGGCAUUUGCAUUUCUUGUAUAUCAUAUGUAGUCCUAGACAACUCCAGUUUGCAAACGUAAUGACCAGAUCAACUCCAGUUUUGAUACAGAUCAUAGGUCCACAAGCUUUGAAGAUUCUACAACUCUUUUAUUAGAAGAAGUAAAGGAUCUCUAUUUUGUU